UCUUCCAUUAUUCCUCUUAGUUAUCAGAAAUCCCAUGGCUUCCAUCACUAUGCUUCUCAUUUCUAUCGUCCUGUUUGUCUCCGGUGCCGUGUUUCUUCUCUGUAGAAGGCGCCUCCCGGUUACUAAUUGGCCGGUUCUUGGCAUGAUACCGGAUAUCCUCCUAAACACCCACCGUAUUCAUGAUUUCAUCACUCAUAUCCUCACACUUAGUGAUGGUACUUUCAUGAUCAAAGGUCCUUGGUUCGCCAAUAUAGACAUGCUCCUCACCUCCGAUCCUGCCAACAUGCACCACAUUUUGAGUAAGAACUUCCACAACUAUCCCAAAGGCCCAGAAUUUCGCAACAUAUUCGAUGUCCUUGGAGAUGGUAUCUUCAACUCCGAUAACGAGUUAUGGGAAAUCCAUAGGAAAACAACCAUGUCUCUACUCAAACACCCUGAAUUUAAUUCUCUCUUGGAAACAAACAUCAAGAACAAACUUGAAAAAGGCCUUCUCCCUCUCCUUAGCUUUGUGUCCUCCCAUAAUCAAGAGACGGAUUUGCAAGAAAUAUUUCAGAAGCUUACUUUUGAUGCUAUUUGUGUAUUGGUUUUAGAUCAUGACCCUGAAUGCUUGUCCAUGGACUUACCCUUCAUUUCAUGUGAAAAGGCUAUCACGGACGCUGAAGAAGCUCUUCUUUGGAGACAUAUAUUGCCAGAAAAAGUUUGGAUGUUGCAGAAGAGAUUUGGGUUAGGGAAGGAGAAGAAGUUGAGUGAAGCUUGCAAGAUUUUUGAUGAAUUUAUAUACAAAUGUUUGGAUCAAAAACACAAGCAAAAGCAAGAAGAGAAGUUCGGGUUGUUAACGUUGUUGAUGAGAGGGUUUGAAGGACAGAGAGGGACGUCCGGGGACUCAAGAAAGUUCUUAAAAGACACCCUACUAAAUCUGAUCAUCGCAGGGAGAGACACCACAAGCACAGCUCUUUCCUGGUUCUUUUAUCUCCUUGCCCAAAACCCGAUCGCAGAGAAUAAUAUUCGAGACGAGAUAAAGAAACAUUUUGGUGGCAGAAAAUGGGAAAGUUUGGGAGUAAAAGAGUUAGGAGAAUUGGUCUAUCUUCACGGAUGUAUAUGCGAAACACUAAGGCUAUAUCCGCCAGUUGCAUUAGACCACAAAUCUCCAAUGACAGCGGACGUGCUCCCAAGUGGUCAUGUUGUUGAUGAGCACACUAGAAUAAUUCUAUCAUUUUAUUCGAUGGGGAGAAUGGAAGGGAUUUGGGGGGAAGAUUGCAUGGAGUUUAGGCCCGAAAGAUGGAUUUCGGACGGAGGAGGGAUAAAGCGUGAACCGUCGUACAAGUUCACCGCGUUUAAUGCAGGGCCAAGGACGUGUUUGGGUAAGGAUAUGAGUUUGAUUCAGAUGAAAAUGGUCGCAGCUGCAAUCAUGUACCAUUACCAUGUGGAAUUGGUGAAGGGUCAUGAGGUUUGUGCUAUUGAUUCCUUUAUACUACAGAUGAAAUAUGGUUUGAAGGUUAGGAUCCUUCCUAUCAACAUGAACCAAGCUUCUUGAUGAUUUCGGUCUACUUGAAUAAAUAAUAAAAGGGACAUCAUUUGCAUGUAUACUAUUUAGUUUAAAAUGAUUUCUAUUGUUUUAUGAAUAUUUGUAUUAAAUUAUCUAUGGUAUUGUUUGUGGACUUUAUCUCGAUGUUGCAUACUUGCAUGCAUGCCACUUUGUGAUAAUUAUGUGAAAUAAUGACCAAGUGACUGCCUACCAAGAUGAGUUUAUUAUGUUGAAUCAAUGAUGGGAUGUAACCAUAUGUAAGGUGUUUGUGGUUCGGUUUAAGCUGUUUAAAC